AUGCAGGAACGCGAGGCUAUGCUCUCUCUGCUCAGAUGCCGCUUGCUAUGGUUGUCGAGGCGAUUUGCUAGCAGAGCGACCGAAAUCUCAAGAGAGAACUUUUCCGUUCUUGAACCCAGCGACGUCACCGUAUUCUCUGACAUCGUGGGCGAGCACAACGUUCUAGCAGCGAAGGACGAGACGCAACCAUACAAUGUCGACUGGCUCAACCUCUACCACGGACACGCGUCGGCAGUGUUAAGGCCCACGACAACGGAACAAGUGUCGCUUGUGUUGAAGUACUGUAACGACCGUAAUCUGUCCGUGGUGCCCCAGGGGGGUAACACGGGGCUAGUAGGCGGGAGCGUGCCCGUGUUCGACGAGGUCGUGCUGUCGACGUCUCUUAUGAAUAGAGUAAUUGAUUUCAACGGUGCAUCGGGAGUUCUGACAUGUCAAGCCGGAUGCAUUCUUCAGAACUUGGAUGCGUUCUUGGAAGAGAGAGGUCACGUGAUGCCUCUGGAUCUGGGAGCGAAAGGAAGCUGCCAGAUAGGAGGGAAUGUGGCUACAAAUGCUGGAGGGAUUCGUUUGUUGCGCUAUGGUUCUCUUCGUGGAACUGUUCUGGGCGUCGAGGCUGUUCUCGCAGAUGGGACAAUUCUCGACUGUUUGAAUCCUCUUCGGAAAGACAACACGGGGUAUGACCUUAAGCAAUUGUUUAUCGGGAGUGAAGGAACGCUCGGUGUAAUCACAGCCGUCUCUAUUCUCACGCCGACUCGACCACAGAGUAUUAACGUGGCCUUCUUUGGGUGUCGCUCAUUCGAGAAAGUUGUACAAGUAUAUAAGGUGGCACGACAGUCAUUGAGUGAGAUACUGUCGGCUUGUGAAUUUAUGGAUAGUGAAGCUAUGCGUUUAGUCUCCUCACAUCUCUCGCUUCAAAACCCUCUUUCAGACUACCCAUUUUAUGCUCUUAUUGAAACAUCAGGGUCAAAUUCUGAUCACGACCAACAGAAACUAGAAACAUUUUUUGAAGGUGUACUAGACUCUGAUAUUGUAGAAAGCGGUACAGUUGCAAACAGUCCGAGCAAAGUCGAGGCAAUAUGGAGUUUGAGAGAGCGAAUAACGGAGGCAUUACGAAUGGAGGGCAAUGUUUAUAAAUACGAUGUGUCGAUUCCGGUUGACAAACUGUACGACUUGGUUGAUGAAAUGAGGAUUCGAACUAGCGGUCGAGCUAAAUCGGUUACGGGUUAUGGACAUCUCGGAGACGGUAACCUUCACCUCAAUUUGACUUCCCCCGUUUUUGACCCGGAGUUAAAGGCUCUCAUCGAGCCAUUCGUCUAUGAAUGGACGUCGCAGCAGAAAGGCAGUAUUAGUGCUGAACACGGUUUGGGACAGAUGAAAGCUGAUUGUAUUUAUUAUUCCAAGACAUCGUCAGCUGUCCAGAUGAUGCUCAAAAUGAAGAAACUGUUGGAUCCCAAAGGCAUUCUGAAUCCGUAUAAGAUGCUGCCAAGGGAGGUACAUUAUAAUAAUAAUGGAUUGUAGUCUACUUUAUUGCAGUGGUAACAAGACCACUAUUGUAUAUAUCAAGUUAUGUUUGGUUUCACAACGGUCUCUGUUUGUAUGUAAGAUAUUGGAGUAAUUUUGUAUAAUUGUGUUAUUUUGAUUCAAUCAAAUGAUGGUUGAUAGUAAGUUUUGGACAAUUGAAAUUUGAGGUUUCGUCAUCAUGUA